GCCCGAGCCGGGUUAGGGUGUCCUUGCAGGGUGUCUGAGCUAAACUUCACCAAAUAAUAGCUGUUUGUAUUUUGGCUGCUGCAGGAGCCAUUUUAGUACUACGAUCCAUGGGUGCAGAACCUUGGAUAUGGAAGGUCGACUGUAAAGUUAUACAUAAUUUUCGACUGCACAUGGAGCAGCAACACCCCUCACCCCCCACAUUGUUCAGAGAAAUAAAAUAAUUGCCUUUAAUAGAUGAUAAUGAAAAUACAGAAGAAAGAGAAGCAGUUGUCAAGUCUAAAAGUUCCAAAUCACUCCCCAAUGUCUGAUGCCUCUGUCAAUUUUGACUACACAUCCCCCUCCCCGUUUGACCACAGCACUGACCAGGAGGAGAAAAUUGAAGAUGUCGCCAGUCACUGUCCAGCCCAGAAGGACCUGUACGCCGUUGAAGAGGAGGCCGGGCCCCUUUUUUCCAGGAAAAUGGCAUCCCAUAACGGUAUGGAGGACAGUGGUGGAGGAGGUACAGGCGUGAAGAAGAAACGCAAGAAAAAGGAUCCAGGGGAGCAGGAAGGGGCAGGAAAGGGAAGCAAGGACAGGGAGCCCAAGCCAAAGAGGAAGCGUGAGCCCAGAGAGCUGAAGGAGCCCAGGAAGGCCAAGGAGCCCAGGAAGGCCAAGGAGCCCAGGGAGCCCAAGCAGAAGGACGGCACCAAGAAGGCGCGGAAGCCCCGUGAGGCCUCGGGCCCCAGGGAGGCCAAAGAGAAGAGGGGCGGCCCCGACUCUGCGGCCAGGACGAAGUCCAGGAAGGCCAGCAAGGAGCAAGGACCAACCCCAGUGGAGAAAAAGAAGAAAGGAAAAAGGAAAAGUGAAACCGCAGUGGAGAGUUUAGAGCUGGAUCAGGGCCUGCCGAACCCAUCCCUGCGGAGCCCCGAGGAGUCCACUGAGUCUGCAGACAGCCAGAAACGACGCUCAGGGCGGCAAGUAAAGCGCAGAAAAUACAACGAGGACUUGGACUUCAAGGUGGUGGACGAUGACGGGGAAACCAUUGCCGUGCUCGGGGCCGGCCGGACGUCCGCCCUCUCAGCUUCUACCCUGGCCUGGCAGGCGGAGGAGCCUCCAGAAGAUGACGCAAACAUCAUUGAGAAGAUCCUGGCCUCUAAGACUGUCCAGGAGGUCCACCCGGGAGAACCCCCAUUCGACCUGGAGCUGUUCUACGUCAAGUAUAGAAAUUUUUCCUACUUACACUGUAAAUGGGCCACAAUGGAAGAACUCGAAAAGGACCCUCGCAUCGCACAGAAGAUCAAGCGAUUUAGGAAUAAACAAGCCCAGAUGAAGCACAUUUUUACUGAGCCUGACGAAGACUUGUUCAACCCAGACUAUGUGGAGGUUGAUCGCAUCUUAGAGGUGGCCCACACCAAGGAUGCAGAAACCGGAGAGGAAGUGACGCAUUACCUGGUGAAGUGGUGCUCACUGCCUUACGAAGAGAGCACAUGGGAACUGGAGGAGGACGUGGAUCCUGCCAAAGUUAAAGAAUUCGAAUCUCUGCAAGUGCUCCCCGAAAUCAAGCACGUGGAGCGACCCGCUUCAGACUCCUGGCAGAAACUGGAGAAGUCGAGAGAGUAUAAGAACAGUAACCAGCUCCGGGAGUACCAGCUGGAGGGGAUGAACUGGCUUCUUUUUAACUGGUAUAACAGAAAAAACUGCAUUUUGGCCGAUGAGAUGGGCCUAGGGAAAACCAUCCAGUCCAUCACGUUCCUUUCAGAAAUAUUCCUCAGGGGCAUCCAUGGCCCUUUCCUCAUCAUCGCCCCACUCUCCACCAUCACCAACUGGGAGCGGGAGUUCCGGACGUGGACAGAAAUGAAUGCCAUCGUGUACCACGGCAGCCAGAUCAGCAGGCAGAUGAUCCAGCAGUAUGAGAUGGUGUACAGAGAUGCACAGGGAAACCCCCUGUCAGGCGUCUUCAAGUUCCAUGUUGUCAUUACAACAUUUGAGAUGAUCCUGGCAGACUGCCCAGAGCUGAAGAAGAUUCACUGGAGCUGUGUGAUCAUCGAUGAAGCCCACAGGUUGAAGAACAGGAACUGCAAGCUUCUGGAGGGCCUGAAGCUCAUGGCCCUGGAGCAUAAGGUGCUGCUCACCGGGACGCCCUUGCAGAAUUCGGUGGAGGAGCUCUUCAGUCUGCUCAACUUCCUGGAGCCGUCACAGUUCCCUUCGGAGACUGCUUUCUUGGAGGAGUUUGGAGAUCUGAAGACAGAGGAGCAGGUGAAGAAACUGCAGUCUAUCCUCAAACCGAUGAUGCUUCGGCGGCUGAAAGAUGACGUGGAAAAGAACCUCGCUCCCAAGCAAGAGACGAUCAUCGAAGUAGAGCUGACCAAUAUCCAGAAAAAGUACUACCGUGCCAUCCUGGAGAAGAACUUUUCCUUCCUAACCAAGGGGGCCAACCAGCACAACAUGCCCAAUCUCAUCAACACCAUGAUGGAGCUGAGGAAGUGCUGCAACCACCCCUACCUGAUCAACGGGGCAGAGGAGAAAAUUCUGGAAGACUUCCGGAAAACCCACAGCCCCGAUGCCCCGGACUUUCAGCUGCAGGCCAUGAUCCAGGCCGCAGGGAAGCUGGUGCUGAUUGAUAAACUGCUCCCUAAGCUGAUCGCUGGUGGCCACAAAGUGCUCAUCUUCUCACAGAUGGUGCGCUGUCUCGACAUCCUGGAAGAUUAUCUCAUCCAAAGAAGAUACACCUAUGAGCGAAUUGAUGGGCGAGUACGGGGAAACCUGCGCCAGGCAGCCAUCGACCGGUUCUGUAAGCCAGACUCAGACCGCUUUGUCUUUCUUCUGUGCACCCGAGCGGGAGGCCUGGGGAUCAAUCUCACAGCUGCCGAUACCUGCAUCAUAUUUGAUUCAGACUGGAACCCACAAAAUGACUUGCAGGCUCAGGCCCGGUGUCACCGGAUAGGCCAGAGUAAAGCCGUGAAGGUGUAUCGCCUCAUCACGCGGAACUCCUAUGAGCGGGAAAUGUUCGACAAGGCCAGCCUGAAGCUGGGCCUGGACAAGGCCGUCCUUCAGGACAUCAACCGGAAAGGCAGCACGAAUGGCGUACAGCAGCUCUCAAAGAUGGAGGUAGAGGACUUGCUCCGGAAAGGUGCCUAUGGCGCCUUGAUGGAUGAAGAGGAUGAAGGCUCCAAGUUCUGUGAAGAAGACAUAGACCAGAUCCUGCAGAGGAGGACGCAUACCAUCACCAUCCAGUCUGAGGGGAAAGGAUCCACUUUCGCCAAGGCUAGCUUUGUGGCUUCAGGGAACAGAACGGAUAUUUCCUUAGAUGACCCAAACUUUUGGCAGAAGUGGGCUAAAAUAGCUGAACUGGACACUGAAGCAAAGAGUGAGAAGGAGAGCCUGGUGCUCGACCGCCCGCGCGUUCGGAAGCAGACCAAACACUACAACUCUUUCGAGGAGGACGAGCUCAUGGAGUUUUCAGAGCUGGACAGCGACUCUGACGAGAGGCCCACAAGGUCCCGGCGCCUCAAUGACAAAACCAGGCGCUACCUCCGGGCCGAAUGCUUCCGGGUGGAGAAGAACCUGCUCAUCUUCGGCUGGGGCCGGUGGAAAGACAUCCUGACGCACGGGCGGUUCAAGUGGCAUCUGAACGAGAAGGACAUGGAGAUGAUCUGCCGGGCCCUGCUGGUAUACUGCGUCAAGCACUACAAAGGGGACGAGAAGAUCAAGAGCUUCAUCUGGGAGCUGAUCACGCCCACCAAAGACGGGCAGGCCCAGACGCUCCAGAACCACUCAGGCUUGUCCGCUCCGGUCCCCAGAGGGAGGAAGGGGAAGAAGACGAAGAACCAGCUGCUGCUCCCGGAGUUAAAGAACGCAGACUGGCUGGCCACCUGCAACCCCGAGGUGGUCUUACAUGACGACGGCUACAAGAAGCACCUCAAACAGCACUGCAACAAGGUCCUUCUGCGAGUCCGGAUGCUCUACUACCUAAAAGCUGAAAUACUGGGAGAAGCAGCAGAUAAAGCAUUUGAAGGAACUCCAGCCAGGGAGCUGGAUGUGCCCCUGCCUGACAUCGACUAUGUGGAGAUCCCGGUGGACUGGUGGGACGCCGAGGCCGACAAGUCCCUCCUGAUUGGCGUGUUCAAACACGGUUACGAGAGGUACAAUGCCAUGCGAGCCGACCCAGCACUUUGCUUCCUAGAGAAGGUGGGCAUGCCAGAUGAGAAGUCGCUUUCUGCAGAGCAGGGUGUCACGGACGGGGCCUCAGACGUCCCUGAAAGGGGCAACACGGAUAAAGAAGACAAUACAGAAGACAAAGUAGAUGGCCCUCAGAAACAAGUGGAGAGUUCCAGUGAUGGAGGUGAUGGCCUUUUUGCUGAAAAGAAGGAUGACACCCGGGCAGCCCAGGAUGGCUCCGACCCAGACAAAUCGCCCUGGCCGGUUUCAUCCGCACUCACUGCUCGUCUCCGACGCUUGGUCACCAUUUACCAGCGCUGUAACCGCAAGGAGCUCUGCCGGCCUGAAGUCCUGGGACUAGGAAACCAGGGCUACUGGGUCCAGGAAGAGAUGUUCCGGAGGUCCUCAGAGAUGGAGCUCAUCAACAAGGAAGCCCAAAAGAGGUGGACGAGGAGGGAGCAAGCCGACUUCUACAGAACAGUGUCUUCCUUUGGUGUCGUUUACGAUCAAGAGAAGAAAACCUUUGACUGGACGCAGUUUCGCGUCAUUUCCCGUCUGGACAAGAAGUCGGACGAGAGCCUGGAGCACUAUUUCUAUAGCUUCGUGUCCAUGUGCCGCAGCGUCUGUCGUCUGCCGGCCUGGAAGGACAGUGGCCCCCUGGAUCCCAGCAUCUACGUGGAGCCCAUCACGGAAGAGCGGGCCGCGAGAACGCUGUACCGCAUCGAGCUGCUGCGGAAGGUCCGGGAGCAGGUGCUCACGUGUCCUCAGCUGCAUGAGCGCCUGCAACUCUGCAGGCCCAGCCUCUACCUGCCCGUCUGGUGGGAGUGCGGGAAGCACGACCGCGACCUGCUGAUCGGCACCGCCAAGCACGGCCUGAACCGCACCGACUACUACGUCAUGACCGACCCCCAGCUUUCCUUCCUGGACGCCUACAGGAACUACGCCCAGCACAAAAGACCCGACCCCCAGGCCCCAGAGAGUCUCUGUUGCCUCUACCAGACCAACUCCAAACUGUAUGAGUCUCUGGCCUAUACGCACAUGAGCCGGACUUCCGAGUCCCUUGAAAACGAACCCGAGAACCUCGUGAAAAUCGAAGGUAGAGACGAUCACCUUGGUCCACCCAGGGGCAGCUUAUCUGACAUGACCUGUGAAAGCUUCAUCUCUAAAACUCAGGAUGUCCUUUCCCUCACCCAUGACGAGAGUCUGCUGCCUGGGUCCUUGGAGAGCAUGAUGUACGGAAAGAAGGCGCUAAGCCAGGAGACAGGCCCUUUUCAGGGCAGCCCAGGUGCCAGUACUGAGUCCAGGCAAGACACCGCGGCCAUCUCCGCAGGCAGAGACGGGGACUGCCAGCCCCGGGGCCACGAGGCAAAAAUAGCCUCAGAUUCCUCUUUUAUGGAAACUUUAGAAGCAGGAGUAGCUCAGAUGAACAUUAAAAACGAGAAACACCUGUUGAUGUCUCUUUCAAAGGAAGGGGAACUCAGCUGCAGCGAGGCCGGGCCAAGACCUGAAAGCAUUGGGCGGCUGGGCUCCAACUGCUUCGCCUCCCCUUCUUUGGACCCAGGGAAUGAGAGCGGGUUCGUCGACAUGUGCAACCUGAGUGUCUGCGACUCCAGAAGAAACAUGUCAUCUGACCAGCAGCUAAUCGACUUACUAGAAAGCAAAAGCUUAGAAAGCAAAUUGGUUUUGGGUCCGAACCACAGCGACGAGGAGGACGACGAGGACGAAAAUGAGGAGGAAAGCCUUGAGCUGGCCGCAGGCAGGCAGGAAAGGCUGGCAGCGUCGCCUCUCAGCGAGCCCACCACCCGCAUGGCAGGGGAGCAGAGCCUGGCCGGCUUCCUCACAGAGGAAGCCAAGAAAGGGAGCACGGAGGCCAGAAGCCAGCCUCUUGGACCUCAGGGCCCUUUCCUUCCUGCAGCCUGUCAGUGUCACUGCAAACACGUGGAGAGGUGGGCGCAUGGCCUCGAGAAGGACGAGUUUGAAGUGGAGAAACCCCAGGCUUACCCCCCAGACCCCUUCAUAAGCAAAGCCAAUAAUGUCACAAUGAGGGGUGAGCCCACUGCUGUCCCACCUGAGCUGUUCCAAGUGAAGCAGGAACUUCUGAAGGAACCCUGGAAAGAGAGCACAGAAGGGAACCAAGGUCUCCCUCUGUAUCCUGAAGGGAGUGAGCUCAAGCCGGAAGACAUGGAUUAUGAGAGUAAAGAGGAGUUCGAUAAAGACGGGAACUGCCAGAGUCAAGAUUAUCCAGAGAAGUACUCUGAGGAGGAGAGCAAGAGCUCGACCUCAGGCAUCGCGGGAGACCUCGGGGACGACCUGCAAGAGGCGCGGGCUCCCACCAUUGCUCAGCUGCUCCAGGAAAAAACUCUCUAUUCAUUCUCCGAGUGGCCAAAGGAUCGCGUGAUAAUCAACCGCCUAGAUAACAUCUGUCACGUGGUGUUAAAGGGGAAGUGGCCCUCCAGCCAGCAGUACGAGCCGGCGGGCGCACUGCCCACCCCGUUGUUAACCGGCAGCGCUGGUCCCCGAAGCGGCCUCUCGGAGCCAGAGGCAUCGGAGCAUGGCUUCAGCAAUGGUGCAGCAUUGGUGGCCCAGAUGCAGAAGGAGAGCUUCUUGGCUCCGGUUUUCACAAAGGAUGAACAGAAGCACAGGCGUCCUUACGAGUUCGAGGUAGAGAGGGAUGCGAAGACUCGGAGCCUGGAGCAGUUCCCGGCCCCCCACGGGCACCCCCCCAUCGUCCUCAACGGAUGGCAUGGAGAGUCAGCCAUAGACCUCUCCUGCCCGUCGGAGGGGUCCCCGGGGGCCACAUCCCCUUUCCCAGUGGGCGCCAGCACCCCCAAGAUGGGGGCUAUCGGUUCACUGCAAGGAGCCCUUGGCAUGGACUUGUCGGGCAUCCUGCAAGCUGGCCUGAUCCACCCAGUGACUGGACAGAUCGUCAACGGAAGCCUCAGGAGAGACGACGCUGCCUCCAGGAGGCGGAGAGGAAGGCGGAAACAUGUUGACGGAGGGGUGGACCUCAUCUUCCUGAAGGAGCAGACCCUGCAGGCGGGCAUCUUGGAAGUCCACGAAGACCCAGGACAGGCUCCCCUGAGCACCCCACACCCUCCUGAAGGGCCGGUGCCCGCCACUUCGACCCCGGAGCCGACCCCGGCCGCCAGCAGCCCGGCCGAGAAAGCCAUUCCCAGCAAGAGCCUGUUGGACUGGCUGCGGCAGCAGGCCGACUGCUCCCUCGAGGUCCCAGGCUUCGGCGCGAAUUUUUCAGACAAACCAAAGCAGAGGAGGCCACGCUGUAAGGAGCCUGGAAUGUUAGACGUCACCUCCCUGAGUGGGGAAGAGAGGGUUCCUGCUGUCCCCAAGGAGCCAGGCCUGAGGGGGUUUCUCCCAGAAAACAAGUUCAAUCACACCCUGCCCGAGCCCGUUCUCCGAGACACGGGCCCCCGCCGCAGGGGCAGGCGGCCACGGAGCGAGCUGCUGAAGAACCCGGCCCUAGUGGCGGACACCCCCUCCGGGAUGGGGCCGCUGUUCAUGAACGGCCUGAUUGCCGGGAUGGACCUGGUCGGGUUGCAGAACAUGAGAAACGUACCGGGCAUCCCCCUCACGGGGCUCGUGGGGUUCCCGGCCGGCUUCGCGGCGAUGCCCCCAGGCGAGGAGGUCAAGAGCACGCUGAGCAUGCUGCCCAUGGUGCUGCCAGGCAUGGCCGCCGUGCCCCAGAUGUUUGGGGUCGGGGGGCUCCUCAACGCCCCCAUGGCCACCACCUGCGCCUCGGCCGUGCCAGCGCCCCUGUCAAGCACAACCAAGGGCGGCGCAUCGGCGGCUGAAAAGACUGCGGACCAGCCCGGCAGCCACGACGUCAAAACGGACCCGUCAGCCGAAGACAAGCCCGGCCCUAGCCCCUUUUCCUCCGACCAGCCCGAGCCCGCAAUAACUACAAGCAGCCCCGUGGCGUUUAACCCGUUCCUCAUCCCAGGCGUUUCCCCCGGACUCAUCUACCCUUCCAUGUUCCUCUCCCCUGGCAUGGGCAUGGCGCUGCCAGCCAUGCAGCAGGCCAGACACUCCGAAGCAGCAGGUCUGGAGAGCCAGAGGAGGAAGCGGAAGAAAACCAAGGGGGAGGCCCCGAACCCCAACCCAGAGCCUGUGCCUGGGCCAGAGAGGGAACCGGGCAGCGAACAGAGCUGCCCAGAACCCAGGGCUCCCGCACCCCCCGAUACAGAACAUGCGGCACAGGCCCGGGAAGGGGGCCCCCAGGACUGUCUCGGUGACACCAAUUAGAACUUUUUCAUCGAAGAAAAUGAUUGUGACUUGUAAGUUUCUUAUCCCAUAAAGGUUUGUUACUUCCCCUCACUUCACCGUCAUAAGAACCUGUGUUUCCAUGAGUACUAUUACCUCCCUGAUUUCCUGUCUGAGAACUAUGGUAACAGAUGUUAAUAGUCAGUCACAGGGUCUUGCCACGUCAUCAGCUCCGUGUCGUUGACCUAGUAUAGGAGGUGCAGAACCCCUCACUCCGUUAUCCAGUCGUCCAUUCCAGCGAUCGUAGUUAGUGCAGACGUGGGGACACACCCUGCCCCCUUCUCUUCCAAGUUUCCCACUUAUUCGAAGAGGAAAAAAAAAAAAUGGCAAAAGAAAGCUCAGCUAGGGACUGACCAGUGCAGGGCCGAGGCAGAGAGCAGCUCUCUUUUUUUUUUUUUCCGUGAGCUGUGCCGAAUGGGAAGAAGGGUAACAGGGAACCAAAAAAAAAAAGCACAGAGAAAGGAAAUGCUGGUGCGUAUUUUUUAGUUAAAAUAUUUCCCAGUUUUAUCACGAUUACUAAACGAGUAGGUUAGGCAGAAGUAUCUAACUAAUGGUUGAAACCACACAUAUCCAUUUCUUUCUAAAACAAACCUUACUGGUAGUAACACGACUUCCCCCCACUCUGGGUUUUCAGGCAACCUGCAGCAAGAAGACUUAGUGACCAGGCAUCAUUUCUAUACAUGCACACAUCCCUCUCCUCCCGAGUUAAAAGGGGAUUCCCAGUACGAACAAGCUGGACACACCGCGGGCUGUUGCCAACAGUGGGGUGGGAUGGGGAGCACGACUGCCCACGGCCUAAAGCACAUGACCAGCUCUGCCCCUACUCAGGCCUCUUAGGAACCCCUCUGGCCCCUGCUGGAGCCUCCUGGACUCUUAUUUUGUGAUUCCCUUCGCCAGGACCCAGGCUCUUUCUGGAGCCUGCAAGAAAAGUCCCCCAACACUCUUUGACACUAGCCAGGGGUUCGAGGUUGUCAAACCUACGUGCGUUCCACCUCUUAAUAAAGAGUGCAACUGUGAGAAGUUUUUUUCCUUCUCUCCGGAUUUUUCAGUUUAUAUUUUACAGUCGGACCCAGAUCUCAGAUCAUCAAGUUAGUGGAGACUGUUGGCAAGCUUAACAUUCCCCCUUCUUCCUCAGCUGCCCGGCUCUCCGGGCAGCCCGCCCCCACCCUGCCCGCUCCCGCCCUGCCUUCCUUCACCCCCCCACCAUGCGGUCCUUCCCUUCUGAUGGUCUCACUCUCCAUCCACAGUUCACACUCUGAGACUUGAAAGAAGCUCGUGGCUCAGUCCCCAGCGGGCCACAGGGUUGUGCAGGACCGUUGGAAAUGUUGGAAGCGUUACUAGUACCGGUUUCACAUUUUGUUGUCAACAAUUUACUGUAUUUUUUUUUUUUUACUUUUUCUGUAACAGUUUUGCUAUAAUUUAUCAGAAGGUCCAAAAGUUCGACAUAACUAUUUCAGUUUGCAUUAUUUAUUUAUGAUGCUUUUGUCAUUGUCUUUUAUACAUUUGGGAUUAUAAAUUAUGUAAAUGUUAAAAUGAGCAUCUCAAAGAAGUCUGUUAAAUCAUGACCGGAAAAAAAAAAAGCUUUAUUUUUAAAAAGUGGAGUCCCAGUUUUAAUGAAUCAGUUAUAAAUCAGAAAUUCUGUAAACCGAUUCCAUAAGAAGAAAGGAUCCAGUAAUUGAACCGAUUCUAUUUAAUGACAUCUUUGUUGCAUAGGUGGUCUCUAAUGCUGACAACAGAUUUCUUAGAAAUGCUGCUCUCUCUAUUUAACUAACAUUUUGUUCAGUUUUGCCUCCAGUGGAAGCAGAAAGGGUUUUUUCAGCUGUUAAAUCCUAAAAAUCAAUAUAAUUUAUUUAUGUAAAAAAAAAAAUCACUCAAUUGAUAUAUUUUUGAACCUUUUAAGUACUAAUUUUCUUUUUAUCAAGUAGGAAAAAAAAUGUAUUUGCCCUAAAUCCUUAAAAUACAAAUGCUAUAAAAAUUCA